AUGACAAACACUAUUCCUGCACCCACGGACGUGGGUGCUUUGGCCAAUCGUAUCAAUUUCCACACCCGAGACCAGCACAACAAAAUCGACGGACAGAUGAGCGUCAAGUUCGCGUUUGCCAUGAAACACGGGUUCAUUUACCGCCAGGGCAUUCUAGCGUUUUUUUACAUAUUCCAAGCCAUCGAGCAGGAAAUCGAUCGAAUCUUGGCGCAAGCACACACCGAGGAGGAAGUGCAGACACGGAACAUUUUGAAACAGUUCUGGGUCGACGAUUUUCGUCGCUCAGACAAGAUUUUGCAGGAUUUGGAGCUUCUUUAUGCUAAAGAGUGUCCCAGUAGGACGCAGCUCCUGGAGUUUGUGCAGCACAACGUGCUGCCUGCAGAACAACAAGGGUUCGUGGACUACGUGCACCAGGGCAUUCAAACCAGUCCGACAACGGUGCUGGCCUACUGCCAUGUCCUGUAUCUGGCGCUAUUUGCAGGCGGUCGUGUGAUGAGAUCUACAGUGUACAGGUCAACGGGGCUUUUCCCAAGGUUUCCCGAUCUCAAGCCUGACGAAGUGGUCCGUCGUGGUACCAAUUUCUUCACUUUCAGUUCGGAAGGUGUUCUGGCUGAAAACAAACUGCGCAAAGACUACAAGAGAGGAUACGAACUGGCGACGCGCCAGGGCCUCACUGAAGACCAAAAACUACAAAUCAUCGACGUUUCGAACGCAAUUUUCGAAUGGAACACCCGUGUGAUCUCCGAGCUGGGCGAGAUCAACCGCAAGGAUCUCAUGGGGAAGCUAAGCUUCAAGCUUGUCACAUUCGCGAUCGACGAAUGGAAACACACGGAGAAGUUGAGUCGCGAGCAAAAAAGUCUCGUGCUGGCCAUGGGCGUUAUGAUUCAAAUUCUGGCAAUGUGGUGGGUGCUACGCAAAUUCUUUUGA